GACUUCCUGGAGACGGGAGUUGGGGGGGAGGGCGGCAGCGGAGUCAUUAGGCGGUAACCCGGCGGUGGGCAGAAGUCUCCCGGUACUGGAGGGAGCAGGACCAUUGUGGGCGUGGGGGCCGCAGAUGCCGGCGUUGAAUCGGAGCGGCGCGAUUGAGUGAGAGCUGUCGGUGUUGCCGAGGCGGCAGGGGCAGGUGAAGGUUGGCCCAGGUUGCGGCGGCGGCGGCAACAGGCGCUGUCACUGGGGAGCUGAGCUGAGCUGAGCCAGACCGGGCCGGGCAGAGCUGAUCGACUGUUUGUAAACACAGAGCCGACAUGCCGUGGCCAAGUCCACGCUGAGCUACCGCCACGUCACGGAAAGUCCUGCCAGCCGCCCCUCCACAUCCCUUCCUGUUCCACAUUUGCGUUUAUUUUGCAUACUUUUUAUUUUCUAAUUUGCUUAUUGAAAAGAAACUUUCAUAUUUUUCCUUUGGCGAGCUUCAAAGUCUUUAUUUUAUCUUUUUUCAGUAGCUACUCAUGAUUGAAUUAUUUGGUAUUUGCCACGUUAUUUCCAACAUGUUUUGACUAGUAAACCACUUUUACUGAUUGUGUAAAAGGCCAAAGCUGCAGGAUUUGAUGUCACUGCCGAUGCUGUUCUAACUGAGGGUUUUGGGUGGAGUACCAUCAUUUAUUUCCCUUCAUGCCAAGUAGUUUUUUCUUUACGUCUCAGUAAGUUUUUUGAGAGCUAUACAAGUUGUAAUUAUUGCAACUUAUAGUUUGGGCACUAGAAUAUUUUGUAUCCCAAUUUGUCUUAAUAUUUCAAUAUGGACAUGAUAGGCUGUUCUUUCCCCUUUGACACUUACUGACGCUCAACACGAAUAAUUUUGUCAGUUAAGGGAGGAAUAAUCCACAGUGGGUUAGUUUUUUUUUCAAAUUUUGAGAUUUUGUGUUAACUUCCCUUCACAAAACGAAUUCAACAUGACAGCGUCGAACUGGGGCCUCAUCAUGAACGUUGUGAACAGUAUUGUGGGAGUCAGUGUACUCACCAUGCCAUUCUGCUUUAAACAGUGUGGUAUUGCAUUGGGUGUCGUGCUGCUCCUCUUCUGCUCCUGGAUGACUCACCAGUCCUGUAUGUUCCUGGUGAAGGUAGCAAAUACUAGUAAGCGAAGAACUUAUGCAGGUCUUGCUUUCCACGCCUAUGGAAAAGCAGGCAAAAUGCUGGUGGAAACAAGCUUGAUUGGCUUGAUGUUGGGGACGUGCAUUGCUUUUUAUGUUGUAAUCGCUGAUUUGGGAUCCAAUUUCUUUGCUCAGUUGCUUGGUCUUCAGGUAACACAGGGAUUCCGUGUAUUCUUUCUGUUUGCUGUUUCUGUGUUUAUUGUGUUGCCUCUGAGUUUGCAGAGGAACAUGAUGGCUUCUAUCCAGUCCUUCAGUGCCAUGGCUUUAAUAUUCUACACGUUCUUCAUGUUUGUGAUUGUGCUGUCUUCAUUUAAACAUGGGCUCUUUAGUGGUCAGUGGCUGAAACGAGUCAGUUACAUUCGCUGGGAAGGUAUUUUUCGGUGCAUCCCCAUCUAUAGCAUGUCAUUUGCCUGUCAAUCCCAAGUAUUGCCGACAUAUGACAGUUUGGAUGAACCUUCUGUGAAAAGAAUGAGUACUAUCUUCUCAUCAGCCCUAAAUGUGGUUAAUACCUUUUACGUGACUGUUGGAUCUUUUGGUUAUAUCAGCUAUACUGAUAAUAUUGCUGGCAAUGUUAUGAUGAACUUUCCCUCCAACUUGGUCACGAAGAUGAUUCGUGUGGGAUUUAUGAUGUCUGUUGCCGUAGGCUUUCCAAUGAUGAUUCUGCCUUGUAGACAAGCUCUGAACACUUUUCUCUUUGAACAAUUACAGCAGAAAGAUGGCACUUUUGCUGCAGGAGGGUACAUGCCACCGUUGCGGUUUAAGCUCAUUACAGCUGCUAUAGUGUUUGGCACCAUGUUGGGUGGAAUUCUCAUUCCUAAUGUGGAAACUAUCCUUGGAUUGACGGGUGCCACCAUGGGGAGUCUUAUCUGUUUCAUUUGCCCAGCCCUUAUCUACAGGAAAAUCCAGAAAGGUGGUUUCUCUGCACAGAUUAUUCUCUGGAUUGGUCUUAUUAUUCUGGUGAUCAGCACUUUUUUAACUCUGACUGCAACGAAUGACCAACUGGUCGUACCUGAAAAUCCACCUCAGGACAUUAACCACGAGAAGCUUCAAAAUGACAUUAACGUGCAGCAGAAAAUUUCAGCUGAAAACGGUGUGAUCAACGAAGCGAAUGAUGAUAGAGACCGUCCAAAAUUGGAGAAAGAUGUUAUAGAGCAACCUCAGAUAAAGGUCCCAAUAGAACCACAUGAUGAUAGAGAUGACAAGGGUGAAGAGGUCCAGCUGGAUCGCCCUGACCAAGGGGUUGCUCAUCCCGUCGGCGAGGCUCAUCGACACGAACCACCAAACCCACACGAUGAAGUUAUUGUAGAUGAAGGUAUGGAUGGUGAUGAUUCAAAUGAAAAGAAACUACUGAUAGUGAAAGCUGAGCAGGCAGAUGGUGUAAAUCAGGAAGCUAAAAUAAAUAUUAAGAAAAAAGAGGUAAAAGAAUCAAACUAUGAAGCCAAAAUUAAUUUUGCAGUAAAAGAAGAGGACGGCAGAAUUGGAAAUGAGAUCAACAAUCCUGGGAAUGCUCCAGAAGUUAAACUAGAACAAAAGGAACAACAAGCCAAUGUGGAAGAGGAAAUGAAUGCAAGAGUUGCAGACCCUCAAGCAGGUGUAGAUCUACAAAUGAUGGAUAAACAUGGCAACAUUCCUGGAAAAGAUGACUCAGUGAUUCAUAAUCAAGAAGGAAUUGUAGAAAGCAUAAACAACAGAGAUCUUAAAAAUGGCAAUAAGAAGGACUUGCCAUCAUUGGAAAAGAUUGAUGUUGCUGGAGAGUCCCAGCUACACAUCCGAGAUGAGAGGGACCGUCAAAAUGUAAUUGUGGAAGGCAAGCAAGAUGGAGAAGCAGUAGAGGGCGACGAGAAACUUCUGGACCAUGCAGUUUUACUGAAUGUGAUCAAAGAGCAGCAGGAACAGCAGAAGCGCCUAUUAGACCAGCAGGAGAAACUUUUGGCUGUCAUUCAGGAACAACACAAGGAGAUACACCAGCAAAAGGCUGACGAUGAGGACAAAGGACAGCUGGACAAUGAGUAUCCUGUGAAAGAAAAAAUAGGUCAAGGAAAUGAAGAUCAAAUAAAAAAUGUUGAGGCUGUGAAUGGGCAGAAGGCAGAGAUGCCUCAUGUAAUCAAUGCUAAUUUGCAGGGUGAUUCUUUUAAAUUUGAUCAAGGUCUGCCUGCAGCCGAUCACAAAAAGGAUAAUGCGGAACAUAAAAAUGUUUUGCACAAAGCUCAGCGAAGUGCCCUCGAAAAUCAGGAUCACGUUCAUGAUUCUAAACGAGAUGCUGAUGUUCGCAAGGUGGCCCCUCAGCUGAAAGAUGGAUUUAAAGAACUUGACCAAAACGUUGGGGCUCCAGAACAUCUCUUGAAAAGCAAAGAUGGUGGAAAGGUGAUGCUACAGAAUGAUGCUGAGGUUCCAAAGAUAUCGCAACAAAUUGGUAUACAUGAAGCAGGACCUGGCCAAGAACGUGGAUUUAAACAUCCAAACGUUCCCUUGGAUAAUGGGCUGAGAGUUCAAAGAAAAGAGGCUGAAGCUGGGAUUGGAAAUCUGAAAAUGCCAGAUAUUGUGGCCAAUGAUCCAAAGUUGUUUGAAAGUCUCAAUGUUGAAGCAAAGUCAAAAAAUGAAAUUCAUGAUUUUGAAUUGAAAAUCGAGCGCAAUCCUUUAAUAGAAAAACCCGAGGGUGAUAAGAUUGACAAAGUGAGAGCUGGAGCUAAGGAGGUAUUUGAAGGAAGGGAGGACGGGAUGGAUAAAAUCGAAGGGCCAGUGAAUCCACAAAUUCAAAGAAAUCCAGAGGCUGAUCUCGACAGCAGAGCACAGGAAUUUGACAACAGAAACGUUGCAGACGAUUCAUUGAAAAGUCAUAAAAAAGUUUCAGAUGACCAUCUGGGGCCAGACCCAAACAUUGUGCCACAACACAAGGAGAAGAUUCCAGACCAGAAAAACGGUGAACCGUACAAAGACCUGAAAGUUGAUGGAGGUGGGGAUCUGCGUAGAAAAAAGAGAGACUUAAAGGACCAAGUGGAUGAAAAUCUCCAGGAUGAUGGAGAUAAACUAAUCAUCAACCUUGAUCCAGUGCCAAACUUCAAAACCAACGACCUCCGAAGUGCACUGGAGAGCCAGCUUAAACAGGUGGCAGGAGGAUCAUUCCAGAUAGUUCAAAGCCGAAAGAUGAAGCAAGUGACCAGUAAUGAAGCCGAUACAUGAGUCCGAUCUAGUCCAUUUUCCAGAGGUUUUUUGAGGUUCAAAUAAAAUAUUUCUCGGUUGGUCCUAGGAUUCCUUUGUGCGCCAUGUGCAGCUUUUGCAGUGUCUCCUCUGCAUUGCAUUGUGUGAAUGAAGACCACUUGCAACAAAUCGAUAGGACUUUGAAAAUAUUUUUUAAGUAAUCCAGAAGAAGUUAUUGGAAUUUAGUUACCUGAUAAAUAAAUCAACGGUGCACCAAGGAGGUUACUAAAUGACUGUCUCUGGGUCACUUGAUAUAUUCCAUGUACAAGCUGAUAUUGGAUGAUCAAGAAAUUCUGAAAGAAACAUCUGAAUUGCAUACAAAUUCAGCCCUGUUGUGCAUCUAUUACUAGAAACUACCAAGAAUGAAUAAAAAUAAACUCUGCAACCCGUUGGGAUUGUGACGGCUAAAUGUACCAUUGAUUGUAUGGAGGCCAUUUUCAAACCUUAGAAAUGCGACUACCCAUCAACUAGUAUCUUCAAUUUCCUCUCAGGGACAACAUGCAUCAAUGAAAACAGCUAGCUUUUCUUAUGGGAUAUUUCUAAAUGGGUAUUCAUUAGGGCAGUUGAUUGUAUAUUUUAAUAAUACAAAGAUUUUUGCAAUUAACGCCUAUUUUUUUUACACGUGUGCACGAGAAAAUUGUCAUCCAAACUCUACGAUACGAACUUUAUUAUGGCUGAAAUGUCAGUACCUGUAUUUGAUUUGACACCUAUCCGUUUCCUGCUAAACUAAAUCAGAUCACAUUUUAUUCCUUAAAUGUGUUCAAUUCUACAUUAAUCCAAUGUGCAUUGAAUGGUUACCUUAACAUAAUGUUUGCAUUCUAAAAAUAUAUUAUUUUAAGAGUUCUUUCUACCAGAGUGCUUUGAAUUAUGUCAUUUGUUGGGCAGAAGGUGCAAUAUUUAAUUGUGACCAUUUAUUUAAUUCUUGCACGAUGUACCUUAUUUUUAAAAAAGUAUGUCAGCUGUUAUGCCCAGAAAAUUGAAAUGUAUAUUUUAGAUCAAUAAUCCAGAAUAGAUUUCCGAAUAAUGCAUUAUUUAUAUAAAAAAUACUUUUCAUGAAGAAUUAACUUUUUAAAAUGUAAUCAUUAUGUAAUUGUUGUCUGGCUGCCAAACUUAUCAAGAGUUUAACCAUUAGUUUCUCAAUUCACUCUGUACACAUGACUUCACUUGUAUCUCCUAUUUUCAAUUGCAACAGUAUCAUUUCACGAGUCAGUCACUAUUGGAACAUAAUGUGUAUAGAAAUGCCUUAAAGAUAGCUGAUUCCAAGUUUCUUUUUUCUUAUAGAGCAGGGAGAUAAAUGUAUUAAAAAUAAAAUACUCGCGUUUUCAGAUAUAAUCCACAGGAAUACAACUCCUUGAAAUUGCUUGUAUUUAAUUAGGCGGACUUCAAAAAAUACCAUGCUGGCACUAACACAAACUUGCUUCCUUGUAGAGACUUUUCACAGAUCUUUGUUUUGUUUGAUAUUUACAGUAAAUCAGAAAUGUCCUAUGUUCAAAGUUAUAUAAACUCGGCACACUUGUAAAUAAAGCAUAUGAUACAAUAGAUUCUAGGCAAAGUUCAGAAUAGGCAAUUUUUAAUUUCCGAAUCAUUUUAGAAUAUCAGUUUUAUUUAUGGAAACUAUUCAGGGCAGAGAAGUAGGCUAUUUAUAAUUCUCUGGAGUAAUGUGGCCUAAAUAUAGUGAUUAUUUUUGAAUGUAUUUUUAAGCCACAAAAAUCUUCCAAUGUCAACUUUCCAGCCGGUCACUAAAUUACAAAUAUAAUUGCGUAAAUAUUUCUUGGAAAAUAUUUAUUACUCAUUCAUUUAUUUUCAUUGACAUCUGUUCAUUACCAAUGCUACAAGGAAUCAAAAUCAUCAAUGUCCCAACAACUACUGCUAUUUUUCAUUUUUGAUGCGAUUUAAAUUGAUGCAUGCAUUUCUGUAUUCUUUAUCAAUAUUACAAAACUGUAGAACUUGUGUUACCUUCAUACAAAUAGUAUGAUACCAGUUAGUUUACUUGUGCAUAUAUAAAAAAAAUACAUUGUGCAACGUCUGAACAAAGAGGAUAGAUGGUCUAUACACAGACCUUGGCUUACUGUUUCUGCAGCUCCCCGUUGGAAAACGAGGGGAAAUGUUUAUUGUCCUGCCAUCUGAGUUCAUUAUUUCUUGUAGAUAAGUGCCUGCGUUCCACCUGGUGCCUUCUCUCGAAGUGUUGUUAGUCAAUGAACAAUCACAAAGGGAGUGAAAACCAUACUGCUUCUUGUAGCUUUUAAUAAGCUCAUAUUUCUUGCUGGAUAUAUUUGAAUCCAAUUUCCAAAUGUAACAAUUUUUAAAAUCUUGCUGUUUAUCAUACUUUCUACCUUAAUAGAUCUGUUAUCAUCUAAAUGCUGCCUGUAAUGAAACAAAAUGAUGGCAAACACUGAUCUGGUAGAAAAGCUUUAAAACGUUGGAUCAAUUUUCCUGUGUGUUACUGCAUCUGAGUUUUGUAAAGUUGAGAUGAAAGUGAAGGUUUCACAUUCCUCUUGGAAGUUAUUUAAAUGUUAUCUUUCAUUGCGACAUUUUCAUCCAAUCCAGAUUUUGUACAUUGAGUAACUUAUGUGCUGUAUUUAAAUAUUUCCCCAAUACUUGUGGUCAAAUCUUAUGUGAAAUCUGAUUAUCAUUUUUGCUAAUGUUUGAAGUGCUGUUGCUCAGUAAAUUCAGGAUUACCCUUUGAAAGUUACCCUUCACAUUUGAAAUGAGGGAUGGAUUACGAUUAAGUACAGAAUCCAACAAAAUGAGACUGGCUGAAAGUGAAGUGGAACUAAAUCAUUGUCAAUUUAAAGUUAGAAAACAGCACUGAUACAAGUCCAAGAUAACAUUCCAAAUUAAUAUUAACUACAGAUGGAGAAGGAAAUGGAACAUGCAGAUGCAUUGUUAUAAUGUAAAAUGGUUGGCUUAUCAAUAAAGUGCGAUUAACAAACCA